UGUGUAGCGGAAGUUGUGUUUGUGUUUCCGGGUCUCGGAAGAUGCUACGACCUCCGUCCCGUUGUUUGCAUUUUAGCUCGUGGUGAGGACGGCGGAGUAAAAGGCGCCAGUGUUUGGUGUCCUUCCAGAGAGAAACAUCCCAAACUGCUGCAUGAGGUUUUAAAACCUGAAACGGAGCUACAAAGAGCAGGCUGGAUUGACUUCUAGGGGGACGUUUUGAUUUCACGUCCAUAAAGCGUUUGGCAGUUUGCAGAGAAAACUUCCGGAAGUCACGUUAACAUGGACUCGAUCUACAGUGACCACACGCACUCGCACUGUUUCAACCAUAAAGCUUUACCUUCAGAUGUCCAGAAAGUGAUUGUUGGUGAAGAACAUCAGCAGGAGUGGAGCUCCAGUCUGGACCAGGAGGACACGAAGCCCCCACAUAUUAAAGAGGAACAGGAGGAACUCCAGAUCAGUCAGGAUGAAGAGCAGCUUCAAGGGCCAGAGGAGGCUGAUGUCACCAAGUUCCCAUUCACUCCUGUCCCUGUGAAGAGUGAAGAUGACGAGGAGAAACCUCAGUUCUCACAGCUUCAUCAAAGACAAACUGAACAGAUGGAAACCGAAGCUGAUGGGGAGGACUGUGGAGGACCAGAACCAGCCAUGAAAUCAGAUCCAGAUCCACAUUUACAACCAGAUACUGAUGAAGAGACUGGAGACUCUUCUGAACCUGAGACUGAUGACAGUGAUGAUUGGAAGGAGACCAGAGAACCUCAGUCAGGUUUAAACUCUCGGAAUAAUGAUGAAGUGCCUGUCAGUGGUCUGAGAUGUGGUACUGGUGAGAAAGAGGGUUGGAAAAUAUUUGGCACCAAUGGACAUCUGAAGAGACACAUGAGAUCUCUUACAGCAGCGAAACGAUUUAGCUGCUCAGUGUGUAAGAAAGCUUUUAAACACAGUGGAAAUUUAAGUACACACAUGAGAAUCCACACAGGAGAGAAACGAUUCAGCUGCUCAGUCUGUAAGAAGGCUUUUUUACUAAGUGGAAAUUUACAGAAGCACGUGAGAAUCCACACAGGAGAUAAACCAUAUAGCUGCUCCGUAUGUACGAAAGCCUUUACAUUUAAGCAGGAUUUAGAUAGACACCUGAGAAUCCACACAGGAGAGAAACCAUUUAGCUGCUCCGUGUGUAAGAAAGCUUUUAUACAACGUGGGGAUUUACACACACACAUGAGAAUCCACACAGGAGAGAAGCCAUUUAGCUGCUCCGUGUGUAAGAAAGCCUUUACAGUGAGUGGAACUCUAAAGGCACACAUGAGAACCCACACAGGAGAGAAACCGUUUAGCUGCUCGGUCUGUACGAAAGCUUUUAAACGGAACGUAAGUUUACAAAAACACAUGAAAAUCCACACAGGAGCUCCAGGAGUGGAGGCAGAGAAGGAGAGCAGAGAACCUCAUUCAGGCUAAAACAAUCUGAAAACAAAUGAAUUUGUUAAAAGUGAUAAGGGAUGUAAUACUCUUUGGAUCCUGGAAAAAUGUUUGAUCGGUAAAUCCUGGAACCCAGUGUUCAUACUUUGGUAAUGUGUGCGGUAUUAACAGUGUUUCCCCACGUGUUUAGAAUUGACUUGUGGUGCUGGCUGGCUGGGUUCAGUAAUAAACUAGUCAAACAAAGGUUUACAAACUAUUUAUUUAAUAAAGAAAACAAAAAGAAUGCUGAAAAGCUGCAGCUACACUGCAUUGCUGGCUUAAUUGCGUGAGUAGAAGUUGAAUUAGUGAGAAUAGUU